AUGCGCGACUCCGAGCUGGCCAAAGAAGUUCGUACCCUUUGUGAGGCCCGGGAUGGGAGGCGCCCAGUUUCCCCAGGGACAGCUUCAAGCGGUAGGGACAGACAUCUGAGGACCCAGCCUCAGGGAUGCUGUCCCCGGGCUUCCAGGCUCCAGCGCCGUAGGACUGAGGCAGACUCCACGGUGAGAAAGAGACCCGAUCUAACCCAGGCCUUUCAUCAGAGCCCAGGAGGAAAGGCAGGAAGUGGGACCACGAGGCCCGGGAGGCUUCUGAUUCGUCUGGCCAGGGAGAUCUGAAUUGGGGUGAAGAGCAGAAUCUCCAGAACAAGGAGGAGGUGGUGAUCAUGGAGACAGAUUUGGCUGAAAUGCCUGAGAAAAGAGCUCUGUCUUCCCAGGAUUCUCCCCAUUUCCAAGAGAAGAUCACAGAAGAGGGAGAAGUGGCUGCUCUGCACCUCACGGCCAGAUCCCAGGAAACGGUGACAUUCAAGGAUGUGGCCAUGGACUUUACACCAGAGGAGUGGGGGAAGCUGGAUCCUGCACAAAGGGAUGUGAUGCUGGAGAACUAUAGGAACCUGGUCUCACUUUGGCUUCCAGUUUCCAAACCUGAGAACCACAACUUGGAGCAUGGAAAAGAACCACUGAAGCUUGAGAGAAAAGCCCCCAAAAGCAGCUAUUCAGACGUGGAGACUAGACCACAGAGCAAGGAUUCAACUUCAGUGCAAGAUUUUUCCAAAGCAGAAUCAUGCAAAGUUGCAAUAACAGACAGACUGACACGGAAUAGUGUCUAUGACUCCAACUUGGAAGCAGCCCUUGAAUGUGAAAAUUGGUUAGAGAAUCAGCAAGGAAAUCAGGAGAGACAUUUGAGAGAAAUGUUCACUCACAUGAAUCCACUCUCUGAGGAAACAGGCCAUGAGCAUGAUGUAUACUGGAAAAGCUUCAAUCAGAAAUCUGUCCUUAUCACCGAAGACAGAGUUCCUAAAGGAUCUUAUGCCUUCCAUACACUUGAAAAAAGCUUGAAACAAAAAUCAAACUUAAUGAAAAAGCAGAGAACUUAUAAAGAGAAAAAACCUCAUAAAUGUAAUGAUUGUGGUGAACUCUUCACCUACCAUUCAGUGCUUAUUCGACACCAGAGAGUCCAUACUGGAGAGAAACCCUAUACCUGCAAUGAAUGUGGGAAAUCUUUUAGCCAUAGAGCUAAUUUAACUAAACACCAGAGAACUCAUACUAGAAUUCUCUUUGAAUGCAGUGAAUGCAAGAAAACCUUCACAGAAAGCUCAUCCCUUGCAACACAUCAGAGAAUUCACAUUGGAGAGAGACCUUAUGAAUGCAAUGAAUGUGGGAAAGGUUUUAAUCGAAGUACACAUCUUGUGCAGCAUCAGUUGAUUCAUACUGGAGUGAAGCCUUAUGAAUGUAAUGAAUGUGAUAAAGCUUUUAUUCAUUCAUCAGCACUCAUUAAACAUCAAAGAACUCAUACUGGAGAGAAACCUUAUAAAUGUCAAGAAUGUGGGAAAGCCUUUAGCCAUUGCUCAUCCCUAACUAAGCAUCAGAGAGUUCAUACUGGAGAAAAGCCAUAUGAAUGCAGUGAAUGUGGAAAAACUUUUAGUCAGAGCACACAUCUUGUUCAACAUCAGAGAAUUCAUACUGGAGAGAAACCCUAUGAGUGUAAUGAAUGUGGGAAAACCUUCAGCCGGAGCUCCAAUUUUGCUAAACAUCAAAGAAUUCAUAUUGGAAAGAAACCGUACAAAUGUAGCGAGUGUGGAAAAGCCUUCAUUCAUUCAUCAGCUCUUAUUCAACAUCAGAGAACUCAUACCGGAGAGAAACCCUUUAGAUGUAAUGAGUGUGGGAAAAGCUUUAAGUGCAGUUCAUCUCUCAUCAGACAUCAAAGAAUUCACACUGAAGAGCAACCCUGAAAAAUUACUGAAUGUGAAGAAAUGUAAGUUGGUUUUGUCACUAUAUUAAAUACUUGAGUGUUUAGGUGGAAGGCUCAUCCAUAAUAUGCAUGUGAGGACCAAUUCUGUAUGCAUCUAAUUUCAUUUGUGUAAUACAUAGUUCUGAGCCAUAGGCAGGUUCCUUAUGUCCGUUAAUUUGAUAAUUACAAAAUCUAGCCAGCGAUUUCAAAAUUUUAAUCUCCAACCUCCCAAACAGCUAUUUGUGGAAAUUCAAGAAGUCCCCGAGAGUGGGUAGCAGUACAAACAUUGUGAAAUCCAGUUUUCCCCUUUCUUGGUUAUGUCAGAGCUUUGUUGUAAGCCUCUCGCUUUGCAAGGAAAUUCUUAUCAGGUAGGUUAGGCUGAGGGCUUACAUCCUUAUCAUCAGGAAGACACAAUGUUGUUAUUUAUUACUCUUUGAGUCCCAAGUAAAGAUCUAGAUACACAUAUGGUGUAAUUCCUGUAGAGUGUCAUUUCUUUUAUAUUAGCCAUAAAAACCAAAAAGGCUGAGUUGAAAGUCCUUAGAAUUCCCUUCCUCCCUCAACAAGCUGCUGUCUAAUUUGAUGACCAUAACUAGGAUGUAUAAUAUUUACAGACAAUUCUAAGUUAUGUUCACAUGGAUUAUGUUCAUCAUUGAUUUUGUUUUUUGUUUUUUGAGAUGGAGUCUUGCUCUG